ACUUGUUUCGAGUGGAUACAGUGCAUCUGAAACAUGUCUUGAAAACGACAAGUUUCAGAACUUUAAAACAUAAAGACAUGUUUAAAAAGUUAAAACGUCGACCAUCUUUAAUUGGAAUUAUCUAGCAUGUGUUGUAGAGAAGUAUAGAAAGCAGGGUCUUCUGCUAAGCUGCCUUGGAGCAAUCUUCGUAUAUGACCUCGAAAAUUUUAUUAAAGAAUCAAAAGUAUCUUUCUGCGUCUUUCCGCCAAAAAUAUCCCUAAUAUGGAUAGAACCUUGAUCAACCGAAGUGGACUGUUUGUUUCUAGUGUGUUUGUUUUUUUUUUUGUUGGAGUUCACACAUCACCAAUUCAAGAGGGUCUAGGUGGAAAUGGGUUUUAAUUUUGAACUGGUAACUUAGAAUUGGACAACGUUUUAACAGCCAGCUGAGAAUUGACACAUUAAUUUUAACUGAUAAUGGAGAUCGGAAAAAUUUACUGAGUAAUAAAUGAGCAAAAAUUUAAAAUGUUAGCCGAAAUGUUAGCUGAUAACUGAGGUUCCAAAACCCAGUCCACACCUUCUUUUUUAAUCUGUCGCAGAAAAGGUAGCCUUAUCGAAGAUUAUCUGCUUACUAAUGUCCUGGUUUUCUUAACAUUUUAAAUUGCUUUCAGAAGCAUAUCACAAUGUUAUUCUUUGUGUGUGGAUUGACGAUGUUAGCGACAACUGAUGCGAAGAAAGCUUUGAAAGCAAUUGCAGGUGAAGUUGUAGUAACCGCUGCAUGUUCUAUUACCCGUAACGCUGCACCACCCCCGGGUACAGAGACACCCGUAAAAGGAACAGUUGAAAUGAAGCAGCCAAUCGGUGGUUCUACUACCAUGAAUAUAAACAUUUCAGGCCUUCCUCCUGAAACGCUACACGGCUUCCAUAUCCACGAGUUUGGAGACAUUGCUACUAAGGGGUGUCAGAGUACUGGAGACCAUUACAAUCCGCUUCAUAUGGCCCAUGGUGGACCUCUGGACAAAGUACGUCAUGUUGGAGACUUAGGAAACCUGAUAUCAAACCGUGAGGGAGUUGUCAUCAUGACGUUAGAAGAUCCUCUUGUUUCUCUGGUUGGACCUUUUUCAGUGAUUGGACGAGCGUUCGUGAUUCAUGAGAAAAUUGACGACCUGGGUCGAGGUCCUGGACCCGAGACCUUGAAAACUGGCAACGCGGGCGCUCGCUUGGGAUGUGGUGUUAUAUAUCACGUGCCUGUAAAAUUGCCAGGGAAUUAGCCAAUCAAGAUCAAGUAUUUGCAGUUUUAGCGCCCGAUUACUUACUAAAGAGAGGUGUUCUGUCGACCUACUUGGAAAGGCUACUUAAACGGUCUUGACCCACACACAAAGCAGCUGGUAACAAGCAAAUAUUAUCCUGCCGGAAUCACAACAUCAAUUUUGUAUCGCAGAGACACGUACGAUGAGUUCGGUGCUCUGUGCGCCAUGUCAUACAUGUUACUGUGACGAUAGUUGUGUGUAUGUAAGUUUUAUUUUUACUUAUUUUUGCUCACAGACAAAGAGACACGCUACAAAUCGUUUUAAUUGAAAUGAAAUGUUACCAAAAUAUGGCCUAUUAUUUUGGUCUAUCAUAUACAGAGAAAAAUUUAAAAUGCUUGACAUUCAGUCAGUUGGCAUCAAGAAAUCGGAAGGCGAGCCAGCAUUACUCAUUAAGCCUUCUCUCUCGAUCUGCGCAUGUUUCGAAACAGUUAUCGAACUUAGCUUGGACGCAUCGCACAAUCAAACCUUCCGCUUUUUUGAUUUCGCCCGAUUUCGCCCCAAGCGUCGAGCGUUCGGUCACCGCUGACCGGAAACGCGCAGGCUCUUGGGACGAGAUUACAUUUAAUGAGUUUCUUGUUGAUGACGUUGCAGGGACGACCUAGUUCCCAGUGCUUUUCCUUUGAAAUUUGAGUUUGCAGGAUACAGGUUAUUUCGUAAACUCAAGGCCUUGUUUUGAUUCACAACCUCCACUUGACAAAAUAAAACAGAUUAAUAUUUCAUAUUAUCUAUCUAUUCAGUCUAAACUCGAGAGGCAAUGGAUUGGUGCUAUAACUUAAAAUUUUCAAAAUUACAUUACAAUGUGUAAUGAUUACGCCAUAAACGUUUCAUUAAAAUGCAUUGUUAUAUCAAAAUUGUGGUUUACCAUAUCAACAGUAAAAAUAUUCACGGUAUUACUCUGGUAAGACCUUAACGCCCUUGCUCAGUAAUUGCUUCUGGAAAUGUGACUUUUAUAGACCUUUUUACCUAAGUCCCUUUUUUUCGACUUUCCAUUCUGGCAAACCAAAAACAAGCCUCGGGGCUCGAUUAUGACGAAUUUAGUAAAUAUGCGAAGUUUAUAGGAAUCCGUCGUUGCAAACCCAUGAAAAUAUGGGAGCUUGAACUUGAUCAAUGGAGCUGGUUUUUUUGAUUAUAUGAAAAUAUAGGCCCAUUGCAUGGUCUGUAAUUACAGUUUUUAUUCACAGUCUUACUGUUUUAUAUCAGUUUCCAUUAAAAAUCAAAUGGCAACUUGCAAUUUGUAAUAUGACAAGGGUCUUCAUAUCCCGAAGAAUCUCGACGCCAGAAAUUGAAAAUGAGGAGAAUAAUCACGGAUCGCCUAAAAAAAAGAUAAAUGAUGAAGCCUCUCAAGUGAUUGGUUUUUCACAAAUCGCACGUCGAUCAGAAGUUAUCAUUUCAGCCAAUCAUCCGGCUCUAAUUCAUGGCUGUAAAUUAAUGAAAAAGGAAUAAAGUUUUGUUGUUGUGUUGUUGUUGUUGUUGUUAGUAAUAGAGAGACCGCAUUUUCAGCAGAUUCCAAACCAUUACGUCAUAUGUCACACGUCACGCGUUACAGCCAAUGAAAGCCAUGCAGGAUCAAUUAAUUUCACACGAAGAAAAUUUUCAAAUCUUUACAAACUAAUGCUACUGUAACACGUGUCGCAUAUUUAUUUUAUACAACUUGGGAUCAUUUGAGUUUAGGGGAUAUCUCUAGAAAACCUUACUUCUCGAACAUCCAAGGUAGGUAGGAGAAAGUUACUAAUCUCGGGAUCAUUCAACACUCAUGAUGAUAACGGUGAUGAUUCACUGUGUGUGGUUAAGUUUUUUUUUAUUUUCAUUCCUAGCGAACGUGGGAUUAGCAGGAACAACCUGUUAUAAAACGAAUUUGAUGUGGUUUAUGUUGGUGCGCAGCUCUUAUUGAAAAUGUUUAUCAAAUUGAAGUACGGUUAUUUUCUUCGCAGAAUACUUUUAUUUUGCGCGCUCUUUUUGAAUUGUUGCUCCAAGAUAUUCUCAUACUGUCCUCCUAACCGAGCG